GCGAGGGAGUGUGAGAGAGCGGGGAGAUUGUCUCGAGCAAAGUGGCGCGGAGGGAAGGAAGAGAAUGUGUAAAUCCUGACUAGAAUCGAACGGACGGGCGAUCUGUAGCGAGAGGUUUUCCGGUUAGAGCGUGAUUGUGGUGAUGGGUAGCUGUAGUGUGGCACCUCCUGCUCAGCUCCUUGGGGAGAGCGUUCCCCGUCAGUCCGUCAGCGCUGGAAAUGGGCGCUCUGAUGUUGAACCAGGAAGACGCAGUGGAGGCAGACGCCAGGGCUUAGAGGGAGGAGAGAGUGUAUGUGAUUACCUGAGCUUUUCUUCGGCGGAUUCUUCAAAUCGCUGAACUAUACCAUGGUGAAUUACCAGAAAUACAUAACUGUUAUGCAGCUGGCUUUAGGGGUGACAGCAAUCAACAGACAUCGUUGCCUCCUCCAAGAAAACAUAUGUGGGUGUACCCCAAGCGCCAUAAGAAGUUCCCCCCCGACACUGACGAGGAAUCAGUGACCGAGGGCUCGACCGUCAGCACCGUCCAAGGCAAACCGUCACUGCGCCGCAUCAAGGGUCGCAUCCACCGCAGCAAGAGCCUGGACAGCAUCGACCUGCUCGACUCCAAUAGUGCAGUAAUGGAGGAGACCGUAAUCUGGGAACAGCACACCGUAACUCUCCAUAGGGCACCAGGGUUUGGGUUUGGGAUCGCCAUCUCAGGUGGGCGGGACAACCCCCACUUCCAGAGCGGCGAGACGUCCAUCGUCAUCUCAGAUGUCCUGAAGGGUGGACCAGCCGAGGGCCUGCUGCAAGAAAAUGACCGCGUCGUCAUGGUUAACGCCGUCUCCAUGGACAACGUGGAGCACGCGUACGCAGUCCAGCAGCUCCGCAAAAGUGGCAAGAACGCAAAGAUUACUAUCCGUCGGAAGCGUAAGGUGCAGAUCCCGAUGGGGCGCCUGGGCGAGCGGGAGACUAUGUCGGAGCACGAGGACGAGGACAGCUACGAGGACGAGAUCUACGAGGUGCGUAGUGGCCGCAGCGGCCCCAGCGCCUAUAGCGCGGGUCGGCGGAGUGGCCGCGGUGAGAGGGGCAGCAUCGGGCGGCGCGAGAGGGAGCGCGACCGCGAGCGCAGCGGCUCUCGCGAGAGGAGCAUGUCCCCGCGCUCCGACCGCCGCUCCAUCACCUCCAGCGUCCCGCCACGCCCUGCCAAGGUCACGCUAAUCAAGUCUCGCAAGAAUGAAGAAUACGGGCUUCGGCUGGCCAGUCACAUCUUCGUGAAGGACAUCUCUCCCGAGAGCCUCGCGGCCAGAGAUGGAAACAUCCAGGAGGGAGACGUGGUGCUCAAGAUAAACGGCACGGUGACGGAGAACCUGUCCCUGAUCGAUGCGAAGAAGCUGAUUGAAAGGUCAAAGGGCAAGCUGAAGAUGGUGGUCCAGAGGGACGAGCGGGCGACCCUGCUCAAUAUCCCCGACAUGGACGACAGCAUCCCCUCUGCCAACGUGUCCGACAGAGACGGUAUGAACCUGUCCCAACUUGGGCAGGGCCGCAUGCUAACCCCUGAGGAACUCCACGCUAGCUCACUGUUUGAUAUUUCAGACAUCCACUCAGUGGCAUCUGAUCAUUCCAACCGUUCCCAUGAGCGGCGCCGCAGCAGCCGCUCUCGCUCCCCCGACCGCCGCUCGGAGCCCUCCGACCACUCCAGACACUCGCCGCAGCAGAUCAGCAAUGGCAGGCAUGCAGGGCCUUUCUUACACAGAAUCCUCCCCCUCCACAGGAGUCGUGAGGAGGAGCGCGUGUCCAAGGGAGCGCCCAUCCCCAUGCCCGCCAAGAUGGUGGAGGAGACGCCCAGACAGGAGGCCCCUGCCCGCCAAGACAAGCAGCUGCCGCCGCUGCCAGAGCCCAAACCUGUGUAUGCGCAGCCUGGCCAGCCUGAUGUGGACCUGCCCGUUAGCCCUGCAGAUGCACCCGUGCCCAGCGAGACCCCCGACGACAGCAUCCUCCGGCCCAGUAUGAAGCUGGUGAAGUUUAAGAAGGGGGAGAGUGUGGGCCUGCGUCUGGCCGGAGGGAACGACGUGGGCAUUUUUGUGGCGGGCGUUCUGGAGGACAGUCCUGCAGCCAAAGAGGGGCUGGAGGAGGGAGACCAGAUACUCAGGGUCAAUAAUGUGGACUUUGCCAACAUCAUCCGUGAGGAGGCGGUGCUGUUCCUGCUGGACCUGCCCAAAGGAGAGGAGGUCACCAUCCUGGCCCAGAAGAAGAAGGACGUGUACCGGCGGAUCGUGGAGUCGGACGUGGGUGACUCCUUCUACAUCCGCACGCACUUCGAGUACGAGAAGGAGUCUCCGUACGGGCUGAGCUUCAACAAGGGCGAGGUGUUCCGCGUGGUCGACACACUCUACAACGGCAAGCUGGGCUCCUGGCUCGCCAUCCGCAUCGGCAAGAACCACCAGGAGGUGGAGAGGGGCAUCAUCCCCAACAAAAACAGGGCGGAGCAGCUGUCCAGUGUGCAGUAUACGCUGCCCAAGACCCCAGGCGGAGACCGGGCCGACUUCUGGCGGUUCCGCGGCCUGCGUAGCUCUAAACGGAAUCUGAGGAAGAGCCGGGAGGACCUGAGUGCCCAGCCCGUUCAGACCAAGUUCCCCGCAUACGAGAGGGUCGUCCUGAGAGAGGCUGGGUUCCUGCGUCCUGUGGUGAUCUUUGGGCCCAUCGCUGAUAUGGCCCGAGAGAAGCUCUCCAGGGAGGAGCAAGACACCUUUGAGCUGGCUAAGAGUGAGCCUCGUGAUGCGGGGACAGAUCAGCGGAGUUCUGGAAUCAUCCGUCUCCACACCAUCAAACAGAUCAUAGACCGGGACAAGCAUGCUCUGCUGGACAUCACCCCUAACGCGGUGGACCGUCUGAACUACGCUCAGUGGUACCCCAUUGUGGUGUUCCUCAGCCCAGACAGCAAGCAGGGCGUCAAGAACAUGAGAACGCGCCUGUGCCCAGAGUCCCGCAAGAGCGCCCGCAAACUCUACGAGAGAGCCCUCAAGCUGAGGAAGAACAACAACCACCUCUUCACCACAACCAUCAACCUGAACAACAUGAACGAUGGCUGGUACGGCGCGCUGAAGGAGACCAUCCAGCAGCAGCAGAACCAGUUGGUCUGGGUCUCCGAGGGCAAGGCGGACGGCGCUCCUGAGGAUGACCUGGAUAUCCAUGACGACCGGCUGUCGUACCUGUCUGCGCCGGGCAGCGAGUACAGCAUGUACAGCACGGACAGCCGCCACACAACGUCCGACUACGAGGACACCGACACUGAGGGCGGCGCCUACACCGACCAGGAGCUGGACGAGACGCUGAACGACGAGGCCGGGCCGCCGCCCGAGCCCGCCAUCACCCGCUCAAGCGAGCCUGUGCGCGACGAGCCGCCCGUCAUCCAGGACGCCGCCGGUUACCCCGGAUACCAGGUCGCCCCGGUCGUCGCCACCGCGCACAACCCCCACGUGCCGCCCGAACCACAACCACUCAGCGUGGGCUCCCGCAUCGACCCUGCAGGGUUUAAAGGCCCCGCCCCGCAGCAGGCUGAGGUUGUGGGCGUGUCCGUGUCGCCCCCCCUCCCCUCGCCUCCCGUUGCCGUGGCGACGUCCACAGGCCCCGCCUCCUCCUCCGGCGCCCAGCUGGCGGGUACGAGCCCAUCGGAGCCCCUAAGCCCCGCCCCCGAACCUGAACCCACCCCCAGCCCAGAACCAGAACCCCUGACCCCUCCUCUCGACCCGCACCAGCCGCCUGCUCCCGGGCCACAGAUGUAUAAGAAGGAGCUGUACAGCAUGGAUGAGGCGGUGCGGGUCAACCCCAGCAUGAAGCCGGUGGCGCCGCCUCUUUCUGGCCAACAGGGGGCGCCCUACUCAGCCCAGCAGCCCUACCGUGACUACGACCCUCACCAGCCCUACGGUUACGAGCCUGCUGCGCCACCGCCACGAUCGCACGCCUACGAGCCGCACGCCCACUACGACCCCCGCGCCCCCAUCUACGGAGAGCAGCAGUGGGCCCCCGCCCCCUACGAGCAACCGGCUGCCCCGCAGCUGCCCUCUGCACUGCCCAGCAGCAUGUACCACCAGCCGGCGCCACUGGGCUACGAGCAGCGCUCCCCGUACGAGGACGGCCCCACGCGAGACUACAGCCCACCACGCGGCCCUCGCUACGACGACGGACGAGCUCGCCACGCCAAGCCCCCUGGCCCCGCCCGCUACGAGGAGCCUCCGCCCCCUCCCCCACCGGCGGCCUACGAGGCGCGCUCGCCAUACGAGCCUGAGUCCCACGCCUACCCGGCGACCGCGCGGUCACCGGACCCGCCCAAGCACUACUAUGGCGACACGCCGCGCUCCGCACAUGCGCUGGGGCCUGCCGGACGCCCCUAUGGAUCAGACGGCCCCCCGCACGCACACGCCCACCCAGACACACACGCACGUCCCUACGGGUCAGACGCGCCGCCGCCACCCGCCACCUCCCCCAAACCAGAGACGCUGCUGUCGCCGGGAGACAAGCCCCUCCCCCCGCCACCGCGGGACGAGCCGGAUGAUGACCCGGCCAUGAAGCCGCAGUCCGUGCUGAACCGCGUCAGGAUGUUCGAGAACAAGCGCUCCGUGUCCGUGGACCGUGCCAAGGACGCAGGAGACCCCGGCGGCAUCAGGCCCACUGAUCUACCCAAACCCGUGACGACUCCCGGACCUGUACUCAAAGCCAACUCCCUUAGCAACCUAGAGCAGGAGAAGACUUCCUACAGGGCCCCUGAGCCCCAGAAGCCGCAGCAAAAGCCGGUGGCAGAGCCGGUGCGCACCAACCACUAUGAGCCGGACGAGGACGAGGAGUUCUACAGGAAGCAGCUCUCCUACUUCGACCGCAGGAACUUCGACAACAAAGCGCCCCCCGCCAACCGCUUCCACGACCUCGCCAAACCAACACAGCUGGGGUACCCCUACUCCAGGGCGGAGUCUGUGGACAAGAGCAGCCCGGUGGAGAAGCGAUACGAGCCUGUCAGUCAGAUAAGCCCCUCCCCCUCUCAAUACGUCCCUCCGGCCCCACCCACAUCGCUCCCCAAACUCAACCCCACAGACGUGAGUUCAGUGCCGGAGCCACACAACUCUCCCAAAGCCAAGCCGGACCUGUCUGGCCUGAGGACCGUCCCUCGCGAGGACCCUGUGCAGAGCGGCUACCUGCCCCCCAAGCCCCCGGUCAACGGCACCGAGGCGCCCCCCAAGACCGCCCCCACCAGCUACAACCGCUACGUGCCCAAGCCCUACACCAGCUCGGCCAGGCCUUUUGAGCGCAAGUUUGAGAGCCCCAAGUUCAACCACAACCUGCUGCCCAACGACAACCAGAGCAAGCCUGGUGUGGGGAACCCUGGUACCAAGCCCCAGCUCUCACCACAGCCCGACCACGACAGCGGUGUGGACACCUUCACGCGCACCAUCGACAACCGCUCCAAGUACCAGCACAACAACAUCAACGCCCUGCCCAAGGCCGUGCCCGUCAGCCCCAGUGCACUGGAGGAGGAUGACGAAGACGACGGCCACACAGUGGUUGCCACGGCGCGGGGCGUCUUUAACUGUAAUGGGGGCGUGCUGAGCUCCAUCGAGACAGGUGUGAGCAUCAUCAUUCCGCAGGGGGCCAUACCUGACGGUGUCGAGCAGGAGAUCUACUUCAAGGUGUGCCGUGACAACAGCAUCCUGCCUCCACUCGACAAGGAGAAAGGUGAAACCCUGCUGAGUCCCCUGGUGAUGUGCGGUCCUCACGGCCUGAAGUUCCAGAAGCCCGUGGAGCUGCGCCUGCCUCAUUGUGCGUCUAUGACCCCUGAUGGUUGGUCUUUUGCUCUAAAAUCCUCCGACUCGUCGUCGGGUGACCCCAAGAGCUGGCAGAACAAGGCGCUCCCCGGCGACCCCAACUACCUGGUGGGGGCCAACUGCGUCUCUGUACUCAUCGACCACUUCUGAGGAGGCCCACGCUUCGGUGGCCUGUUCCGCCGCAUGAAGCUACCGCUGGGAGGGGCACACAUCCCUGGCCCCUCCCCCUACACUACGGGAUUGGCUCCUCCCCCUGCUCCAGGGAAUUGGCUCCUCCCCCAUUCAGUGAAGUAUUCUCCCCUCUCCCUUUCUCCAAUCUCAUUUUACGCCCAAAAAAUGUUGUCGUCGUCGGGGGAUGGAUUUGCCUGGCAACCGCACCUCACCCCACCCACUCCCCAUCUCCACAACCCUCAUGCGUGUGGUCGCCAACCCAAACUCUUUUUUUAUUUUAAAAAGGAAAAAAAAAAUCUUUUUUGGUGCUUGAAGGCUUGCAAAAAAUGACAUACCAGUAAAUGAAUUGUAUGUAAGUGAAGUUGUGGGGCCGUGGCUGCAUGAGGGGGGCUCUGGACCCAGAUGGACUGCGGUCCCCGCCCUGGCUCUCUCAGGCCCGUUUUCUACCAAACCAAGACCAGAACAGAACCAGGCAGAGGAGCCAGAGGAAAAAAAUGAACAUAGAACAUUACCAUAGUACGUUUAACACUUGCAUUGAGAAUUCUACUUAUAUGCUCAGAAACAGAAAAGUUGAUGUAUGCAGAACUUUUUUGUUUUUGAGGACUGUGGUUGUGGGGUUUUUUUUGGAGGGGGGAGGGGGGUGGGGGAGGGGGAUGGGUUCCUGAAGGACUUUAGAAGAUCUAUGGAAUGCUGAGCCCAUGAAGAGGGUACUGAAGGAUUCUGGGAUAUGUAGUCUUCAGAGACAUGAAUGUCCCAGCUGAAGGACACUGGGAGAAGAGCACUCCUACUACUGAAGGACUUUGUGUGCGCCUCCUGGGGCUCCCUGUUGUGAGCUGAUGUUUUCUAGUCAUGUUUUACUGUAGACUAACUGAUUUUGGGUUCCCAAACCUCCUGCUGUUUAGAGAUCUAUGCAUGUGCAAAGACUCAGGUCCAGAAGCCUGCUACUAAGUUCAACACACACACAUACACAGAUACGCACAUCUGCACACACACCCUGUCCCUACCCAUUCUACACUGCAAGCACCUGCACACACACACACACCCUGUCCCUACCCAUUCUACACUGCAAGCACACACACACCCUGUCCCCUACCCAUUCUACACUGCAAGCAGUGAUGCCUUAUCUGCAUAAGACCUUUUCCUUUACAGUAUAUCUUAUUUAAAAAAAGAGGGAAAAAAAAACAAAACAGACGUCACGUUUAAGUUGUAGCAGUAAGUUACAGAGAAACAAAAAAGAUGAGCGUUGUCUCUUGCCAUUGCAAGCCCAUUCUGUUGGUGAACUUGGAUUUAGCACCCAAUAAUCGAGGCUAACAAACAGGUAUGCUUUCUUUUCCGCCUAUGCAUAUGAAGUCAAAUGGAAAAAAAAAAAAAAGGAAGAAAGAAAACUCUAGGUGAUGUUUAAACUUGUUGCUGUACAUAAUGCUCGUACAUGGCCUUGGUUCCACUGUAAAUGCCCUUUUGUACAUCUUUGUUAUUUUGUAUAAAACUGAAGAGGAAAAUGUUUCUUAAAAAAAAAGGAAAAGAAAAAUGAUGACAUUGGUUAUGUUUGUAUUCUGGCUAUAGCCCUGAGCCUUGGAACUUAGCAUAAAACAACUUUUUUCUACCAAUAUAUAUAUAUAAAUAAAUAUAUAAAUAUAUAUAUAAACACUAUUUAAAGGCAUUUUUAACAGUCAGAAACUUUUUAUUCUUAUUUACCAAAUAGGACGUGCUUGGUUGAACUAAUUUAAAGAAUCUGUGUGCGUUGGUCUGCGUCUGUGGGCAGACCCCAUCCUCUGUUAGUGAUCCAGGACGCUGGACUGUGCUGGUGCCCCUCAAAUGUAUUUUUCUACUAAGAGACGAUUUAUCAAGGCACUGCAGUACUGCUGUUCUUUUGAUAAAACACGGCUUGGAUCCACUUUUACUUUCUCCUCAUCUGGCUGACUCUUGAUUUUUUCAUUUAUUUUUCCUUUUGUUAUUUUAUUUGCAACACAUUUCUAAGUAUACCACUGAAUUAAUAAAUAAAUUCAUUUUUAAAGUA